GUCAAUGGGUGGGGCGCCGACCGACCACCGCCGCCGCGCGCCGGGUAGUGCUCACCGCGAUACUGUGCCAACACCACGUACCAGCACGACUUCUACAAGUUUCGAUUGUAAUACAUCGAUACCGAUAACGCGUGAACUUACAUUCUAAGAGAAAUCCUGAAAUUCUUUACCGUGUUUACUUACAAUUCGCCGUUUCAAAAAGGAUGUCAGUGCAACCGUCGAAAAUUUUAAAUCGACUUCGUCGGAGUCUGUUAUUGCCUGAUAUUUUGAUACUUGUUUACGACGACAAUUAAAGGACUUCUGUGUUGACAUUGACCAGAGAGUGACCAUCGGUUACAGUUGUUAUUGUAGUGAAGCCAUCUAUGAGAAAAAUGUGACGGGCUGUGAUUAACUGCCUGUAAGUGGUGUUACGUGAAUGUGAAGUUUCAUAAUUGUAUUAGAACAGGGGAGCCGUAAGAACUAUCACUAAUCAAGUGUGCCAUUAGAAUUUUAGCUUUAUUGUGAAAGAAAUUAUUCUAAUCUAUAAAAGUCAAAGUGAAAACUAAUAAAUAAGUGUAAUUAAGGUGUAAGUUAAGUUAGUUGAGUGCAAUACUGGAAAAUAUCCAAAGAUAAUAAGACAGGAUUUUAAAUGUUUAAAUCGGGCCUCUUUAAUCGGUCCAGAGGUACAAUGGGUGAACCAAUUGAAGUGGAAGAUAGUUUGGAGUUGGAGUAUGAUAUGUGGGACGGUCAAUUUGACUUCGUGGGCCCACAAGGUCCGCCGCCUGAGGUCAGAGGCAGGAUCACCUCCGACACAAGUCUUACAGAGGACUUGUUUACUGGAGGACCUCUGACCCCUCAUCUGGCCAAUGGCCUGAAUGGGGGAAAGAAGACUGCCGCGCAUCAGUGGUGCGACAAUUUGUCAGAUCAAGUGCAGUUACUACAGCAGCAAGUGACAUCUCUAGCUGACACUCAGAGUACGGCUGACGAGCGCUACGCAAGGGCGAAGGCCGACAACGCGGUGCUGCAAGCUAGGGUACACAUGCUCGAUGAACAGAUACGAGAGAUUGAAUGCCGAUGUGAAGAGAGUAUAGCGGAAGAAAAGCGUCGCAGUCGUGAAGCGAUAUCUCGUGUGGAACGAGACCGCGACACACAGCUGGCCGCCAUCACUGAUAGGCUGAGUGCUGCUGAAGCUGAGGCAUCCGAACUUAAACAAGAGGUGGGACGACUCCGUGGAGUAGCAGAAACAUUGAGAGCGAACGCGGAAGCAGCAGCGCGGGCGCAUCGCGAAGCUCAAGAACAAGUGGCCGAACUAUCAGCAGCUCUGAGCAGUGCUCGUGAGGCUGAGCGAAGGGAACGAGAUGCGGCUGCCACAGCUAAUACCCUGCUGGCAACUGCCAGGCAGGAGUUGCAGAGGCUUAGAGACGCUCCACCACCGCCACCCGACCCUCGCCUCGAUGAGCUCAGGAAGGAACUGACGUUGCUUCGGACGCAAAAUAAAUCUCUGUCGGAAGCUCAAGAAGAGUUACAAGCGCAGAUCUUGACCCGCGGCGUGGAGGAGGGUCGCAGUUUGUUAGACGGAGUGAGCGGCCCUCUCGUUGGCACUAACUCCCUCGCACACGAACUGUCACAGAUGAGUGACGAUGAGCUCGAUGGUAACGAUACACAAUCUGAUCUCAGCAUAGAGAUGGAAAAGUUGCAGAAAGCUUUAAAGGAACAACAAGACGUGAACGUUCAGCUGAGGAACUACAUCGAUGGGAUACUGCUGUCCAUAGUCGAGAACUACCCGCAGUUACUCGAAGUUAAAUAUCAGAAAGCACCUGGUGACAUGAGGUCAUAACAUAAAAUGUAACCGUAACGACAUUCAUUUCAUAUUCUUUUUUAUUUUCAAUCGGUAAUCAAUUUAUUUGGACAUGUUUUAACAAUUUAUUUGUAUCAUUAUCAACAUUUGAAAUUAUAUUGCUUUGAUGUAGAUUGAUAUUGAAUACUGUGAUAAGAAAGAUAUUCAACAAAAUUAUUAUAAAUGGCUUUCCUUGUAAAGCCGUAUAGUCUUCUCUUCUUGGAAAUUAAAUAUUAGAUAUAGAUUAAUUUUAUAAACGGAAUUCCUUAUAUAUAGCGGAUCCUUUAUUAUCUAGGUCGUAGAAAAGGUGUCAAUAAAAUGAUUAUAAGUAAGCUGUAAAUAUUGUGUAUAGAAUACUAUUUUAGGCAUUUUUAAACAUUUAGUGAAGAUAUUGUUCCUUGUUAUUAUCUGAGACGAUUGCUUUGUAAAUGCAGUUGCCAGUUAAUAAUAAGUAAUGUAUAAUUUAUUUGGAUGUAUUACAUUAGAUCUGUGCAAAGUAGGGGCAAUUAAUGAAAUUAUACUUUAAACGACAAGGCCAGGCCGUCCAUAAAGAUAUUAGAGUUACUACUUAAAGCAAUUUUUGUGAAAGACUGUGAGAUUGAUAUACUUGGGUGCGUAGAAAAUACUAAUAAGUUUUUAGAAAUUUAUGAACCACGCGAUAAAUUUACGGGUGCUCGGAAUUCACUUUCAAGUAACGGCAUAGUGUUUAAACAUCGACAACCUAAAGAACUCAAUCUUAUUGAAAGUGAUUUUAAAGCCGUGUAUUGUAAUAAUUGGAGCCAUUUAAUACGAAAAUUGUAUUCAUAGUUGUAAAUUACGUGUAACUGUACCCUAGUACCUAAAACAAUAAUUAUUUAGUAAGAAAGAUCAUGUACCUAUAUUUUUACAAUGAAAUAUUUAUAGAUAAGUUAGCAUGUAACUAUAUAGGAAUUUGUGUACAUUUUGAU